GCUACAACAAAGAAAAGUUGACUAUAUUCAAUCAACCUUGUCAAACCAACACCUACCAGUCCUUCCAAAAGACAAUCAACUACCAAUAUGCAAUUCGGCAACGUUGUUGCUAUCCUCGUUUUCGCCGGAGCAGGAGCCGAGGCGUGGUACCAGCCGGCCGCGGGGACCACUUGGGAUUGGCAAUUGCAGGUACCUAUCAACCCCACCGCGGCUGUUCAGGUCUACGAUAUCGACAUGUUCGACAACACUGCUGCAGUGGUGGCGGAUCUCCACAGCCGCGGUAAGAAGGUCAUCUGCUACAUCGAUGUAGGCUCAUGGGAGAACUACCGCUCGGAUGCCUCGAAGUUUCCGGCCUCAUUGCUGGGCGCGAAAUAUAGCGGCUUUCCCAACGAACGCUGGCUGGAUAUCCGGAGUAUCACUACCUCACCCCUGGGGCCAAUUCUGAUCGCUCGCUUCCAACAGGCGAAAGCUAAAGGCUGUGACGGCACUGCCCACGAGUCGAGCGGCUUCCCGCUCACAUAUAAUGAUCAAAUCGUCUUUAACCGCUGGGUGGCGGACCAGGUCCAUGCUCUCGAGAUGGCGGUGGGACUGAAGAAUGACAUCAAUCAAGUCAAGGACCUAGUCGGUAACUUCGAUUUUCACGCCAGCGAGCAGGCGUUCCAAUAUGGCGAAUAUUCCUUCCUCGUGCCUUUCAUUCAAGCCAACAAACCGGUCUUCGAAGCGGAGUAUCGGAACAUACCUUAUUCCAGAAUAAAUGAGGACAAAGUUGAAGUAUCAAUGAUAGCGCAUCAGCUUCCAAAGGGCUACAGAUAUACAGCCUGA